UUAUCAUUUCUUCUACUAAUCCAAAGCUGCUAUUCUUUUUCUCUCUCUCUCAUGGAGGCAAAUCUUGUUCUACCCUACCGUAGUUUUUCAACAUCAUCCAUUAGAAACAGAAAUAAGAUGAAUACUUAUAAAUACAAAAAAAUACCAUAUCUACUAUGCUCCAUAUUAACGAAGCCACCUGCAAAUAAUCAAAAUCAUAAUGCAGAAACAACCACAGCCAGUUGUUCCAAAAAUGUUUACAAAGAUAAUUGGUUCGAUCGUCUCGCCAUUAAUCAUCUCUCUCAAAGUAUACAAGCUACCACAGGAUUAAGAAACAAUAAGAGUGGAUAUGAAGGGUUGGCGGAGGCUGCAACGAUGGUAUAUUCCAACUUUAACUCAAGGCGUCAAGUAAAUCUUGUUGUUGAAGCUCUUCAAUGGGCAUUCCCUAAGCCUAUUCUUUCCCUGAUGAAGAUGGUACUACCACAAUCUAAGUGGGCAAGAGAGUAUUGCGCUGCUUUCACCACAGUCUUCUUCUCUUGGCUAGUGGGACCCUGUGAGGUGAAAGAGUCAGAGUUUAAAGGGAGAAAGGAAAACAAUGUGGUCUACAUCAAAAAAUGCAGGUUUCUGGAGGAAACCAAUUGUGUGGGGAUGUGCACUAACCUAUGCAAGCUGCCUUCUCAAUUGUUCAUCAAGGAUACAUUAGGAAUGCCAGUGAACAUGGUACCAAACUUUGAUGAUAUGAGCUGUGAGAUGAUAUUUGGGCAGGAUCCUCCUCCACCAGAUGCAGAUCCAGCAUUUGUGCAGCCAUGCUACAAACUAUGCAAACUUAGCAAUAAACACCAAAGGGAUUGCAACAGUCAAGUGAAGAAGAAAGAUGUGGAGAUUUCAUAACGCCGUUCAUAUAUCCUUUCAAUUUACUUUCAUUUGAAAGCUGUUAUACUUAAAAGAAUGAGUAGCAUAUGAAAACAUCGGUAACUGGAAGAGGUGUUAACGUACAGGAACCAACUAGCAUACACAUACAUGUAUUGCCAGAUAAAUUUCUGAAUAUUGUUUGAAAUUAUUCGAUUGCAUGUAUAAAACAUGGUAUGAAUUUGUCUUCAGAAAGUAGACCAAAAUCUAAAGAAAUAAGAAAACUGCAGCUAUAUGUUUCAACUUA